CCCUAAGAGUUCAUGUGUUUAUUUGAGGGCUGAAGAUUAGGUGUGUGCUUCAGUGCUUUGCUGAAUCAAGAUCAGGAUGGUCAACACCGCAAAAAAACAAGCCUUUUAUCAGGUUUCCUUAUUAAUUUUGCUGUAUUAAAUUGGAAAACAUCUUUACAGAAAUCAAGCUUUUCUUAAGGAACAUAUAUCAUGACAAAGAAUAAAUACUUCAGGAAGUAUAUAUGCUCAUCCAUUUUGGCCCAUUAGAUCUUCUGCUUGAAUUCUACACCUCAUGUGAUUAAUUGGACAAUGUUGUAUGUUACUCAAUCUAAUUCUACAGUUAUGCAAUGCCCUGGUAGCAAAAGUGUCUGGCACGUUUUAUGCCUGUUUCACAACAGUACUUCAGUUAAUCGCUUAUCUACACAAUUGAUAGGCUGCUAUUAUAUCAGGAGAUCAAAAUACCUGUAGCUUGUCCUUGAUCAAGUUAAUAUUUGAUAAUAGUAAUGUGAUAUUUUUAUUAGAUGUAAGUAUCUUUUCAAUUAUGUUAAACAUCUUUUUGAGAGAGGAGAUCUAUUUAGGUUCUUUGGAAAGAGAAGAGUAUUGUUUUUUUCCUCAGGAGACCUCUGUUCUUUUAAUAGACUUGCUUUGUUUGAAGAAAAGGUUUCUUUCAUAACCUUAAUUUAGAAAACCUAACAGAACCUUGACACUGGGCAACUAAGUUAAUAAUUGACAAACCCUCAUAGCCUGCCUUAAUGAAUGAUUCCACACCGUAACACUGACAGCUAGUGUAACUUACUCGGCUCCUCUCACACAAUUCUGCAAAGAGGAAUGCACAAACUCUGUUUCUACAGAUUUGCUCAGGAAUCUCUCCAAAUUUGGCAGCCUUGUAAUCACAGUGACUUCAGCUGCCCAAUCUGUCUCCAAACAGCUACUUUCCCAGUAGAAACCAACUGUGGACAUCUAUUCUGUGGUUCCUGUCUAAUUACAUACUGGAAACAUAGUCCUUGGUUAGGAGCAAUAACCUGCCCUCUCUGCAGGCAGAAGGUGGUUCUUCUGGAUAACAUCACUUGUGAAAAUCAACAAGAUAAACCAACUAAGCAAAUUGUAAAUGACAUUAGAGAUUACAACAAGCGUUUCUCAGGGCAACCUCGACCUUUUGCAGAUUACCUUUAUGACAUGCCGUUAUUCCUGACUGUUGCGUUGCGAGGAAUCUUUACCUGGGAUGGUCUCGUAUGGAUUUUUUUCCUAAGAGUUGCUGUAUGCUCCUUUGGAGCAAUCAUAUGCGCAUCUUCUCCAUUUGACACGAUGCCUGGGCUUCUCUGUAGAAUACUUGGAGCAGCUGAUGACAUGGUGGUAGUUUUCCUUCUUUUAAUAUGCAUGAUAAACAUUUGUCAGCAAAUUAUAUCAGACAGGGUAGAUAUGGCAAGGUCUGCAUCUCAGAGCACGCUGUCAGAACCCUGACUGACUCUAACUUUCAUUCCUUCGUCAAAUGAUGACAGGCUUCACCUUGAUUCGGGGCAGCGUAUGAUAGAUUUGUCAUUCUGCUGCAGACAAAGGCUGAAGCAGGACUCUGAGAUACUAGGCAUGGCCAAGUGAUUCAGUGUGCAAAUGCUGAGAAGGCUAGUUUUAUAUGCAGCUGUAUAUUUUCUAGACGCUUUCACGCUGGACUUCUCUACAACUUAUCUUCAUAUACAAUACCUGAAUUAAACAUGUGUAAAGCUAUGAAGAAGGCCUACAACCUAAAAUUACAGAGUCAAUCAAGUUGCAGUAGAAGAUUUUUAGAACUCUUUAACUUUAAUUUUUUACAUCUUGGCUCAAUUUGAAUAAAAUUUUCAUUUGAGAAGUUAGCAAACUGAAGAAUUUGCUAAGUAAGUCUUGUAUGACACAAGGAAUGUUAGCUAUUACCUCUGCAAAAUCUUGUAUUGGUGCUUUGUGCUAUCGCAGCUAAUUACGCAUCCAUUGCAAUAUAGAUUCUUACAGCCCUGUAAUAAGUACAGGUCAGAUUCCAAAAUGGACAAUAUGAAAUUGUUAGCAACACUGGCUUGAAACAAAAAUGUAAUUAUAAAGUAGAAGUAUUCCAAGGAGAGAACAGCAUUAAAAAGAUCAUGCAAGAAAUGUGAGCAAAUCCCUGUGUAACACUUUCACAAAGGCCUAUGCAAGGUACACAACUUCCUUGAACUCUGUGCAUCUAAGUUUUAACAAAGUCAACAUGACUGUUUGUUUCCUUUGCAGACUUUGUACACUCCUUGUGACUUCCUUGUUAAGGCUUGGUACCAGGUCAGCCAGAGAGAUCAAAGCCAAAUUUAUGAUGAUGAUAUAAAUAGCAGGAAGUUUAUGGAAAGUUUGCUAAAGUUGGUAUGUGUGUGGAUCUGCAAAGAGUUAAAAAUACUGGUACAGUACCAGACAAUCCUAUAUUUCUUUCCCUGUAUAAUCUGUACAUUUGCUAUGUGUUUGCAGUUAAUGGACUUCACUUUUCGUAUUAGUUGUAUAUAGAUACAAGAUAGAUAUAUUAAAAUAUAUCAAUAUUUAUUGUUCACAAUACACUGGUCUUCAACUGUUUUUUUCUUUCUGUGUAUUUUCAACUGACAUUUUUUAUUGUACUUUUGAAUUGUAUGCUAUGAUAUACCAUUAUGUGGCUCAAGUUUUAUUGCUUGUUACACUCUUUUUGUUAUGAUGUUUCUUCAUUUUAUUCCCAUCAACUGUCAUUGUCCUAUAAUUAUGUCCCUGAACUUGUAAAGCUGUUUCUCUUAACAAUGGGUACUUUGGAAAUGGUAACAAUUGCUUUUCCAUGAACUACCAGGCAGGAAGUGCAUUGUUCUUUAAAAAAUCACCAGAUGUUUUUGAGUGCUGACUGUUAGCAUGAAGAAAACCAGAAACUAUUUUUUUCCAAGUUCUCCAAGUAUAAUUUUGUUAUUGUGUAACUUCUGUUUGCAUUUAACUGGGAAUUACAGCCUAUGCCAUUACUGAAGACUGGAAUUUCUAUCAAGUUAAGUGUAUAAAGAUGGAGUCCAUUUAUAAGAAUACUAACUCCAUGUAAAUGGACUGUAGGUUGUUUCUCUUGCAUAAUAAAGGCUCACCAAGAGGGUGGCAGAUUGUAAUUUAAGAAAUCAAGGGGUCUCAUUAGUGACCUAUGGCAGAGUUACAGUUGAUUUGCAUGCACUUUUCUGUUCUGCUGUCUCUUGUUUCUUCAUCCCCUCCCUCAGUUAGGGCCCUUGUUUUUGCUUUUUAAAGAGAAUUUUUUUUUCAUUACUAAGUAAUAGAUAAAUGGCAGGGAAAAUUUGUGAGAGAAUCUCACUGAAGGCACUGGCAGGAUUCAGAUCUUGCAAGAUCAAAACAACUUCUCUGAGGCGAAACAUUUGUCCUAUAUACAACCAGAGUGUCCAGCUUCUCUACUUCCAUAGGCCAGUCACGCCAUGAUCGCGAGGUGUGACCCUGACAGCAUCUUGUAGGAUUAACUGUCCAGGGCAGCCUUCAAAAUCAUCUGAGAACAAAUAAAAGCCUUUGCUUGACUCAAUCUGGCCAGCAAGCUGCCAGGGGUCAGCUCUGACGUGGAUCACGGGAAGGUUUCGGUGCGGACAACUGCAAGGCUAAGGAAGGAAAACCUGCUUUCUGUCCCACUGCGUUCUCUAUUGUCACUCAGUUUAGCUCUGGAGCUGGCGUGCUACACAGAUGCACGUGUUUUGAGCUGGGUCUGUCUGAAGCAAAGUGGGAACGGACACAGAGAGCUGGACUGUUUGAGCACUGACUCCCCGGGAGGCAGCUGGCAGGACGGGAGGAAUGCACCUGCACUAUGAGCGUAUUUUCAGCAGCCGUGCCUGUUCGCCUUACUCCUUCAAUAUCAACAGUGGGCUGUUUCACAUCUACACUGUGAUUAACGUGCACUGAGAGCUAGUUACUUGCAAAAGCCAAAAUGGCUCAAAGUUUUGAUGUAAAAAUGACUACUCUGCAAGAAUGGAGACGGAAAAAAAGAGGUAGGAAACAGAAAAAAACAGAGAAACAAACAUUUCUCAGUUGUAAAAGUGAUUCCCAAAUAUCACCCACCAAAGAAAUACUAUAAUUGUAGUAAAGAAAAGCAAUAAUAGUUUAUAAUGGAAAUCACGUCUCGGUCUUAGCUGUACCAAUGCUAGAAUUUAAAGGCCCAUCUGCAGUGCAGCCGAUGGCUAUCUGUGAAAAGCAUGGCACGGGUUAGCGAUUCAAGCCCACCUCCCUUGGUGGACCGCCUUACAUCAGUUAAAUUGCUUCUUACGCUGUUCCUGCUUGUGGCCACGCUCUGAAUACUGGCACUGGGGUACCAGCAGCUGGU